CCCGCUUCGAAGUAGACGCCCGGAGUUGGCCCAGUUCUGACCCUAGUGAUGCGCCUGUGCAUGUGUUCAUAUCGCCGUCCCGUCUUCUUCACUUCCUACAGAUGCCGGGAGUCCCCAAAUAGCAAGUGUGGACAUUCACAUUCAGAGGCACAGGCUGCCCGUACAGCGAACGCUGUCACCAUUCCCGGAGAUAGGGCCCCGACCUUCAAGGGGGCGGUGCGGUUGGCGCGCAGUUCUCAGGCGCCUUCUAGAAUCCCCCGCCAGCCUCCCCGCUGCCGGGUUACCAAACUCGGCCGGGGACACCCAACCUCCCCUGUCGAGGACCUGGGUUGGCCAGCCCAGCUUUGUACGGGUGACUGAAGGCCACAUCGACGUAACAGUUGAAAGGGAAGGACGCGGAGACCACCCAGUACCCGCCCCAGGCGUUUCCAGAGUCUCCGCUUAGGCGGCCCGUGGGGGUCGCGGUCGCGGACCGGGGACAGCAAUGGGGCCAGCGCGCAGCGCCGGCCGCACUCCCAGAGCCGCCCGCCGCCGCCCCACGGCAGCCUAGAGCGGGCCGGGACUGCGUUUCCCAUAGGCCCACGCUGCGGAGCACCGCCCACCCGAGCCACACGCGAGUGCGCGGCCGCGAGGUGUCCCUGCCGCAGCCCCCGCCCGCCCGCAGACCUUUUGAAAGGCGGCGGGAGGCGGUGAGCACCAUGGCGAGCCCGGUCCGCCUGCUGUGCGUGCUGGGCCUGCUACUCUGCGGGGUGGCGAGCCUCGAGCUGUCUAGACCCCACGGCGACACCGCCAAGAAGCCCAUCAUCGGAAUAUUAAUGCAAAAAUGCCGUAAUAAAGUCAUGAAAAACUAUGGAAGAUACUAUAUUGCUGCAUCCUAUGUAAAGUAUUUGGAGUCUGCAGGUGCAAGAGUUGUACCAGUAAGGUUGGAUCUUACAGAGAAAGACUAUGAAAUGCUUUUCAAAUCUAUUAAUGGAAUCCUUUUCCCUGGAGGAAGUGUUGACCUCAGACGCUCAGAUUAUGCUGAAGUAGCCGAAAUAUUUUACAACUUGUCCAUACAGAGUUUUGAUGAUGGAGACUAUUUUCCUGUGUGGGGCACAUGCCUUGGAUUUGAAGAGCUUUCACUACUGAUUAGUGGAGAGUGCUUAUUAACUGUCACAGAUACUGUUGACGUGGCAAUGCCGCUGAACUUCACUGGAGGUCAAUUGCACAGCAGAAUGUUCCAGAAUUUUCCUACUGAGUUGUUGCUGUCAUUAGCAGUAGAACCUCUGACUGCCAAUUUCCAUAAGUGGAGCCUCUCCAUGAAGAAUUUUACGAUGAAUGAAAAGUUAAAGAAGUUUUUCAAUGUCUUAACUACAAAUACAGAUGGCGAGAUUGAGUUUAUUUCAACAAUGGAAGUUUUCCUGGGUAUUUUCCUGAAUGGGGUGGUGAAGAAGAAAAGUAAAAGAAUAAAGGGGGCGAGGAUGAAGAAAGAAAUGAAGAAAGUGACUUCUGUUUCUAGCAAUAUUGCAGAUUAAAUACCUUGACAGACUUUCCUCCUCCAGCCAACAACAAAAUAAAUGUGGGUGAUAGAGAAAAACGUAGUAAAUACGUUGAUGAAUUGGCAAGGAAAUAAAGAUACUCAGGUCCAAAAUUUUAAGAGUUGAGCGGAAUAUUUAAACCAGUGUUAUUAUGGAAUCAGGAGAACUUGAGACAAAGUCAGAACUCUCUAUAUGAAUAGUAUCUCAUGGAGCAGGACUUGGAUGGCUGUACCAACAAUGUAAGGGUGAACUCAAAAUACACCUAAAAUCCUCCCUAUAGAAUGGCAAGGAGAAUUGCCCAUCCUGAGCUUUGGGGCUAAGGGAGUGGGGUGGGGGACAGUGAAUAAAGCCUUGAGUGUUUAUAAUGAUGGGCUGUUCUCCU